AUGGGUAUGGUUCGGCAAAGACCAAGUGGAGUGGCCGUGGCGGCGGCUCUAGUUACUCUCCAGCUUCUCCUUCUCCCCUCGCCCGCCUCGUCGCAGGCGCAGGUCCUCCUGCUUCGUUACAUGAUCCGCGCCAGGCCACUCAUCACCAAGGUCGUCACGGAUUUCUUGCAGAACCGCGCCGCCGAGGGUGUGACAGACAUCUUCCGGCGACAGCAAAAUGACGAGAGCGGCGACGUCCCGGUGCCGGCGGGCCCAGACGCGCAGGCGCAGGCUCAGCUGGGCAGUGCGGCUGUCGAAACCGCCGGCCUCGUCGUCUUCGACCUCGCCGUCGGGACGCGGACCAUCUCCGGCGUCAUGGACAUCUCCUCCCAGCUCGUCUGGACGCAGUGCGUGCAGACGCCCCUCUCCGUGCAGCCCACCGAGUCCGGGGGAGGCUCCUUCUCGUGGCUCCCCUGCGCCAGCCCGGCGUGCCAGCGCGUGCUCAGCCGGACCUGCAUCCUCGACAGCGACGGCUGCAGCUACGUCGCCACGUACGGCAGCGACGCCACCGCCUACACGUCCGGCUACCUGGCCACCGACACCUUCACCUUCGGGAACACGUCUGUCCCCGGCAUGGUGCUGGGCUGCAGCGCCGUGAGCACGGUCGACCUCUCCCUUGCCGGCGCGUCCAGCGUCAUCGGCUUUGGCAGAGGGCCCCUCUCCCUCGUGUCACAGCUCAACCUCUCAAGGUUCUCCUACUUCCUCGCGACCGACGACUCCGACAGCUCCGAGACCGUCAUCCGUCUGGGCGACGACGCCGUGCCGCGGACCAGUAGCAGCCGCUCCACGCCACUACUCAGAAGCACCAUGCACACCGACAUGUACUACGUCAGGCUCACCGGCGUCCAGGUCGACGGCAAGGCGCUGAGCAGCAUCCCGGCGGGAGCGUUCGAGCUCCAGGCGGACGGCUCCGGCGGGGUGUUCCUGAGCACGACGGUGCCCGUGACGUACCUCGAGGAGGCCGCCUACAGCGUGCUAAGGCGAGCUCUGGUGAGCAGGAUCCAAUCGCAGGGGGUGAGUCCAUUCGACAGCCAGGACCUCGAGCACCUGUGCUACCCGUCGCCGUCCUUUGUUAACGUGAAGGUCCCGAGGCUGACGUUGGUGUUCGACGGCGUGGGAGCGGCGAUGGAGCUCAAGCCGGAGAACUACUUCUUCAAGGACGGUGCCGCCGGAGGGCUAGUGUGCCUGACCAUACUGCCGUCGAGGGGCGGAUCGGUCCUGGGAAGCCUGCUCCAGACGGGCAGGAACAUGAUCUACGACAUUGGUGCCGAACGGCUGACGUUCGAGACCGCGGAGGCGCCGCCGCCGGAGGCUCCUUCUCCGAGCGAAAGGGAGGAGGAUGUUUCUCCGAAAGAAAAGAAGACCGCGGAGGCUCCGGCGCUGUCGCUGCGGCUGUGGCAGUGGCUGUCCAAGUUGUCACUGGUGAUGAAGAUUGUUGUUGUGGCCAUCGUUGCGGCCGCGGUGGUGUUUGCCUGGCGUACUUAUACAGCUCGCCAGAAUGCAUUGCCACGGCCAGCUGGACGUCCUGAACAGUGA